UUACUAAACAAGUUACUAACUCUGGUUGAAUUGUUAUUGAAGAUGGCAGCUUUCAAGAAGAAACCCGUCUCCAAGGAUGAUUUGCGUCGUUUAAUGAAAGAAACAAAAAUUACUGUUCGAAGCAAAGACAAAAAAGUUGAUCAUCCUCAUGCAAAAUACAACUGUUUGGGACAGUUAGUAUGUACUGUAUGUAACACUGCACUAAAGAGCUCUCUUCUGUGGAAUGCACAUCUUCAGGGACGUCAACAUAAAGAGAACCUUGUUUCACAGAAUGAAAAGCAGCAAGAUUUGCAACAAAUUAAUCUUUUAAAAAGGAAGUUAGCUGAGACAAAUGAUGAACAUGACAGCAAAAAACCUAAAGCUUCAAUUCUGAAGAAUAGUUUGAAAACAAAUUCCUCAAAUUUAUCAAACAAGACAAGCUUCCCUAUAGUUGAUGAAUCUGAUGACUCAAUGUCAGACAGUGAUUCAGAAGCUGAUCUAUCUGAGACAAAAAAUGUUUCCAUCCCUUCCGAAAAAUCAACUGAUGCCAACUCAGCCACAGCCUCAUCACUUCCUAAAGACUUCUUCGAUUCUGGAUCGGCACCUGCUGAAAAUAAAGAUGAAGCUGGUAAUGAUUCUGAAAGUAAGAUAGCUAAUGUCUUGCCUGAAGGCUUUUUUGAUGACCCUGUGAUUGAUGCUAAGGUGAGGCAAGUGGAGUACAAAGACAAGAUGGAAGAAGAAUGGGAACUGUUCCAGAAGCAGAUGAAAGAAGAAGCUCAUGUAUCUGAAGCUAUAAUUGAAGAUGAUGAUGAACAAGCUAAUGUAGAUAGAAAUAUUGAUGAAAUUGAUGAACAAAUACAUCGCUGGUCACAAAUCAAUGAUUUACAAGAUCAGAAAGAGAAGAUAAUGCAAGUUAAAUCUCAGAAAAAUCACUGUGGUGAUGGAAGUGAAGAUGAGGAUAGCAUUUCAACAGAUGAUUUUAAAGACUUUCUGGACUGGCGGUCAAAAAAGCCAUGGACUUGAAGAUUUAACUUGAAUUUAUGAAAUGACAACAAUAACUUGAAAUUGCAGAACACCAAAAUAAUCUAAGUGAAAAUGAAAUAUCUUAAAUAUCAAUCCAUUGACUUCAUAUGUCAAAGCUGUUCCUAAGUAAGAUAUAUGGUCAAUUGCUUCCUGAUCAACUUCGUUUCUGAAUUUAGUUUCAUGCGUUCUGAAAUUAAGUAAAAGUAACUUCCAAAUUUUUUUAUCUUCCAUACCCAAAGCUCGUUACUCUCCUAUGUGUUACUUAAAAAUUGGUUACAUUCCUACUAAAGCUAGCAUCCAGAUUUUCUUACUAAAGCUGCUUUCUAAAUUUUGUCUCCUUGUAUAUUAAAUUAUGACUGCGACACUAAAUCUGUUCUUUAGAUUUAUUUGUCACCAUAUCAGUUUCUGGAUUUAUUGCCAGCAAAAUGUCAUAUUUUCUUACAGGUAUCAAUAUUUCUAGUAAUAUAACAGUUGAGAGAAUGAAACAAUUCAGUUAUCAAGUAAAGAAUGUUGCUGAGGUUGACCAACUGACUUUUGUCAGAUCUUGUUUCUUAGACUUCUGAGUUUAAUUUUUAAUUUGCUUCAUGCCAGUCUUGUAUGUAAAAUGUAUGUUAUUAAUUUUAAUAACAACAACAACAAUAAUAAUGUAUAUUAAAUAAAAAAUUGUUUUUAUUUUA